AUUGCGGUCGCUUUUUUUUGCCUGGAUAUCUUCAUCGGGCGCAAUUCACGGGCAGACUCGGAAGGUCGAAGCGCUGCCCAUGAUAUCAACGGGUUGCUGGUGCGUGCGGUUGGAUACCACCACUCAUCCUCCCACCCCCACUGUGACAUCGCCGUCGCUGUUGUCGCUCGAUCACUAAGCCUCUCGACUGAUCUAGAUUUUUUACCCCCCUCGACUUCACAUGGGAAUUCAUCUUCCCCCAAUACCCUCCACCAAAUUUGUGGCCCCUCUUCACCCGGGCUCCUCUCACUCCGACUUGCCGCCACUUACAACUACGCCCCGUCGGCUGAGCGAUCGCAGGUUGGAAGAUCACAGGCCCGCCCCACGGAGCUUCCACUUCGCCCACUUUACCCUCCCCUCACUUGCCUGAACAGCCGGAUGAGUGCCGCGAUUGCAGCGCAAAGGCGGUAAAAUGAUGCUCUCGGACUUGGAGAGGGUCCUUGGGGAAGGCCUGGUACGGCUUCCCUUCAUGCACAACUAUCGCUACGGACCCCAAGCAGAGAAAGAUGUGCUCGAGCUACUCUUUCACUCCUUGACCGGUUUCAACGCGGAUUACCUCCGACUACUCUUCCCCGAGGGAACUCCGACCGGCCCGUGGAAACUAGCCGAAGCCCAGGGUGCGAAAGAAGGUGCGGAAUAUACCGAAGCGGCGCGGGGAAAGCGUUGUGGACAUAUUUUCAGGGCCGGUGAGGCAACGUACCGGUGUAUCACCUGCGCCGCGGAUGAUACCUGCGUGCUCUGCAGUCGUUGCUUCGACGCUUCCGAUCACACCGGUCAUCAGUAUCAGAUCUCUCUGUCGUCGGGAAAUUGCGGCUGCUGUGAUUGUGGAGAUGAGGAGGCAUGGCGGCUGCCGUUGUUUUGCGCCAUCCAUACCGACAGUGAUGAUAAGAAGGGCAAGCAGCGGGCGCAGACGCAGCUCCCGCGGGAUUUGAUGGAUAGUAUCCGGUUGACCGUCUCCCGGGUGCUGGAUUAUUUCUGCGAUGUCAUUUCUUGUUCUCCGGAGCAGCUGCGACUGCCCAAGACCGAGGAGGGUAUCAGACAGGACGAGGAGGCAUCCCGGCUACGUCCGGGCUGGUACGGAGAUGGAGAUAUGCCGGAAGAUGAGCCCGAGUUUGCACUGGCCCUCUGGAACGAUGAGAAGCAUACCAUCCGGGAUGUCGCUCAUCAAGUCAGCCGCGCCUGUCGGGAACGCGAUCGCUUCGGUAAUGAUAGAGCCCAUGAGACGAAUGAUAUCGGCAGAAGUGUGGUCAAGUACUCCAAGGAUUUGCAGAGGUUGCUGGCGGUGUCCAAGAUCAUCGAGCAGAUCAAGGUCACGGUCACGAUCCGCUCUGCUCGCGACACGUUCCGCGAGCAAAUGUGCGGGACCAUCGUGGAGUGGCUUGCCGAUAUCUCGGGCUGCAGUAUCCUUGAUGAUAAUGAGAUUUUGCGCCACACGGUCUGUGAGGCCCUGCUGAGCACAUGGCGACAUGGCAGCAAUGCCGUCAAUGCGGAUAUUGGAAUGAAGGGCAUCGACGACCAUCAGAGGUCGGAGAAUACCCCGUACCGCACCGUUAUGCUCACGGUGUCCCCGCAGGGACAGGUAGUUCUGGCUGCAGAAGAAGACGAUGACGAUGAAGAGGACAUUGACAAUGAUAACGAACCAGGUGGCGAUGGGGAUGGAGAUGAGGAAUUUGGGGAGACUCAUGAUGAUGAUGCCGACGAUGAAGACGACGAUAUGGAGCUUGAGAUUAGUAGACUACGUGGAGAGGUAGACGAGGAUGAGGACAUGGUAAUGGGCAACGCCGAUGAUGCUUUUGACAUCGCUCAGACUAUCCUCGGUCUGGCUGGGCGGCCUGCGUCUUCCGGCCCUCGGGCUCAGCAAGGACAAGGUGACGCAGAGCAAACCGCAUCCGAGAAUCAAGAUGAAAACCAGGAUAUGCAGCCACCAGCUAACGAACCCGGCGCGAACGAGCCAUGUGAGCUUCCGCCCAUGUCCUAUGUGGCGAUUCCCAAAACCCCUUCAGGCGUGGUCAAGCCUUCGCCGGCGAAGACCCCGAGUCACUGGCAAGUCCGGCCUUCCCUCCCGGGCAUUGGGGAGCAUAUUCCUCCCUACGAGGACUUGUGGCAGCGUACCCGCCUGGACUGGAUGAUUCUUUUCGAUCUUCGUCUAUGGAAGAAGACCCGGACGGAUCUUCGCGAUCUUUACAUCGGUACCGUCGUCAAUGUUCCGCAGUUCAAGCGCAUCAUGGGUCUACGCCUGUCGGCUCUGUACACGGCGCUGGCACAGCUGUACUUGAUUGCAGACCGAGAGCCCGAUCAUUCCAUUGUCAACCUCUCUCUCCAGCUUCUCACGACCCCCUCGAUUACGGAGGAGAUUGUCCUGCGCGGGAACUUCCUCACCAAAGUCAUGGCCAUCUUGUAUACCUUCCUCACUACGCGGCAGGUUGGUGAACCGUACGAAGUAAACCCGAACGCAACCCUGGCCUUCGAUGCCGGUUCUGUGACCAACCGACGUUUGUACCAUUUCUUCCUUGAUUUGCGAUACCUCCUGCAAUCAGAAUACGUACAGAACCGCGUGCGGACGGAGGAACCGUAUCUUCCCCAGUUCCUGGACCUCGUCAAGCUGUCGCAGGGUAUUUGCCCUAACGUGCGGGCUGUUGGGGAGCAUGUCGAAUACGAGACAGACGCGUGGAUCAGCGCGUCGAUCCUCAUGCGCGAGAUCAACCGGUUAUGCCGUCAGUUCUGUGAGGCCUUCCGCAACCCGGAGGUGGAUGGCGGCACAAAAUUACUGCGAGCACUCCGGACGGCAACUAUUGCGGCAGUUGUUCACUCCACAGGAGUUGAGCGCAAGCGGUUCGAUCAGGCGGAGAUCAAAGAGUAUGUCCGAUUCAAGACCCUACCGCCGCUCGACUUUGAAGUCGACCAGCAACGGGUUCCCCGCUACCGUGUCGUAGACUUUGUCGUGGAACGUGGCUCCAUGAGCUUCCAUCACGCUCUCCACUAUACGCUCUCGUGGCUGCUGGAAUGUGGCCGCAGUGUGAGCAGCGUCCUCAUGCGGGACGUGCUUCUGAGUGCUGCUCAUGCUGCCAAUGAAAAGUAUAUCCACGACAAUCAGCUGAGCCCCGAAGACUUGCUGCUGUCCAUGUUCGAUUAUCCUCUCCGGGUCUGCGCCUGGCUUGCGCAGAUGAAGGCCGGCAUGUGGGUGCGCAACGGUCUGAGUCUACGGCAUCAGAUGUCCCAAUACCGCGGUGUGUCAUCCCGCGACUUUGCCUAUUAUCGCGAUAUCUUCCUGCUCCAAACCGCGCUGGUGACAUGUGACCCGAGCCGGGUUCUUGCGUCGAUCGCAGACCGGUUUGGUAUGAUGGACUGGAUGACCCGCGAUUACAUGCCCCGUGCCGGCUAUGAAGACAAUCAGAUCAUCGAUGUCGCCGAGGAGUUUGUGCACCUCUUGGUCAUCCUGCUGACGGACCGGACGUCGCUCACCGCGGUGGACGACAGCGACAGUGCGACCCGCGAAAACAUGAGCCGCGAUAUCGCCCAUGUUCUGUGCUUCAAGCCUCUUUCUUUCUCGGACCUGUCGACCCGUCUUAGUGACAAGCUGCUCGACUCGGAUAUGUUCCAGACAGUGCUUGACGAUGUUGCGGGAUUCCGACCGCCUGAGGGCCUGAACGAUACGGGAACGUUUGAGCUGAAGCCGGAAUACAUCGACCUCAUUGAUCCUUAUAGCGCCCACUACAGCAAGAAUCAGCGUGACGAAGCAGAGAACAUCUAUCGGGAGUGGGUGGCUAAGAAAACCGGAAAGAAAGCAUCCGACAUUGUGUUUGAGCCGAAGCUACGGCCAAUUACUUCCGGCGCGUUCUCGGAGCUUCCUCGGUUUACCAGGACGCUCGUCUUCGCCCAAGUGGUGCAUCAUUGCUUGGACUAUGUCGUGUCAUCGAAAGAGCGUACCCCGAAUAUCCCAUCGACCCGUGUCGAGACGUUCCUGCAGGUGGUCCUCCACUUGAUUCUUGCAGCUUCGCUCGAAGACAGCAGUGAAGAAGAUGCAAUGUCUGACGAAUCCUCCCCGUCAUUUGUGUCGCACGCCUUGACCAAGGCCAAGGACACUACUCAGGCUGGUCCCUUGACUAUCGUUGGCCUCUUGGAGAAGAUCUCUGUCAUGACUGAGUUCUCCGCCUGUGGGCCCAAGAUCCGUCAUAUUCUGAAGAGGCUGUGGCAGAAGCGCCCUCAGGCUUACGCCUCUGCCACCGCUUCUCUCAAGUUCCCGUUCGAUCGAGUCGACACGAGCUCUCCGGCCAUUGACACCGACAAUGAGAAGGAAAUGAAGAAGAAACAAGCCCUGGAACGGCAAGCCCGGGUCAUGGCUCAAUUUCAACAGCAACAACAAAAUUUCCUCAACAGCCAAGAGGCCAUUGACUGGGGCGAGGAGGACUUUAGCGACCUGGAGUCCGAACCGGAGACGGCCCCGGAGGCCAAACUGUGGAAGUACCCUAGCGGGACCUGCAUUCUUUGUCAGGAAGAAACGAAUGACUCGCGUCUCUACGGCACAUUCGCAUUGAUCCAAGACAGUAGCAUCAUGCGGCUGACAGACAUCCGGGACCCUGACUGGAUCCGGGAGGUCAUCCGGACCCCGGCCAGCUUGGAUAAGUCCGCGGAGCACCUCCGUCCAUUUGGAGUCGCGGGGGAGAACCGCACCACAGUCCGUCGACUGGACUCGACCGGUGGCGAAGUGAUCAGCGAGAAGGUUGGCCUGAGCAAAGGCUUCAACGCGAAGAACACACUUCGCGGGCCGGUCACCACGGGCUGUGGUCAUAUCAUGCACUACUCUUGUUUUGAGGUAUAUUUCACUGCCACCCAUCGCCGCCACACGCAGCAGAUUGCGCGGAACCAUCCGGAGCGUCUCCUCAACAAGGAGUUUGUCUGUCCGCUGUGCAAGGCCCUCGGCAACUCAUUCCUCCCCAUCAUCUGGAAGGGCAAGGAGGAAUCAUACCCUGGCGCCUUGGGUACCUCUGUCUCUUUUGAGGAUUUCAUCAACACGGAAAUCAAAACUGCCCUCUCCCAGCCCCGCCAUUACGCACUUCUUACCGAGAACAAUGACUCGCAGCUCCAGUCGUCCUACCAGGAACUGUUCACCACCUACCUAUCCAAGACACUGGUCCCUCCGCUGGCGACCAAGGUCGAACAACUCAUGUCGUCGACAUUCCCAUCCACUGCUCCCUACCUGCCCCAGGCGAGGAUGCCGAUGCCUGGCCUUUUCCCAUCGCAGGAAGACAGCUCGACCACCAGCCCGCUGCAACAAGCUCCCGCUCUCAGCGGCAGCCCCAUGUCCGAGCUGGUGCAGAUCUACAAGCGACUGAAGCAGACCAUCCGGAUGAACCACAUCCCUUCCACCUUCAAUCACCAUCCGGAUACGACGGAGACGAAUGACCUGCUGCACACCGAUUCGUUGUUCCAGAGUUUCGGCUUCAGCAUUGCUGCUGCUGAGAUCUCCCAGCGCGGCGUGGAGUCGGAACCGGGGACGACGCUGUUGGACAAAAUCCCUCAGUUGACCCUGACGCAUCUCCGGGUCUUGGCGGAAAGUGCCCUGUCUUAUGCUGCGGUGGGGUGUGUCUACAAUGCCAAUGGCCCGCAUACGCACAGCGGAGAUGAAUUCCAAGAGUUGCACCGCCAGAAGAUCUGCCAGCUCUUCAUCGGCCAUCCCUGCUUGAACGGCACCGCUCUGCUGAAUGACGUGCGUGACAUCGAGCCGUUACUGGCGAAGGACACGUUCGUAUUCCUGGCCGAAUGCUCUCUCUCGCUCUUGCCAGUCCUGCCAAUCGAUGUUCGCCACCUGAUCCAGAUGUGUUACGUGGCAGAAAUGGUCAAGGUCGCGGUCACCUUCAUUCUUUGCCCUCAGGGCUUGAAGGAAGAGCUGGCGCAGCAUGGAGACGACCAGUACUUGUCGGCAUUUGAUCAGUCGGAUCCACGAUACGAGGCCAGUCGCCACUUUUUCAACUCCAUCGUUGCUGAGUUGAAGGCCAACUCCGUGGGCCGUGCGGGCGGGUCCUCUUUCCCUGCGGAGACUGGCUACGUCCGGGAUGGCGAGGAUGCGGCAACCCCCGAGGUUGUGAUCUCGCUGAGACGACUUGUGUCAAGCUAUGCCUUGACGUUCCUCCGGAAGGUGGUGAUCCUGCUCCAUGUUCAACACGGUGUUGAAUUCCCCAACACUGGCUUCCACGAUAUGAAUGCCUCGGAGCUUGAUCGCCUGACCAAGGUCCUGAAUCUGCCGUCGGUCGACCAGAUCUUUGCAUCCGUCAACUCGGCACGGGAGAGUGGCAAUCCGUUCGAUUCCGUGAUCUCCGGAUGGAUUUUCCACUGGAAUGCAUCCCGCUCAGGCAUUCGGUUGGCCGACCAUAAGCUGUGGCCCAGCCUCCCCCACCCGGCCAUCUUCGAACUGGUCGGCCUUCCCAAGUACUACGACAGUUUGAUCGAAGAGGCCAACCGGCGGCGGUGCCCGAAGUCCAAGAAGGAGCUGAGCGACCCCAGCAUCUGUCUCUUCUGCGGUGACAUUUUCUGUUCGCAGGCUGUGUGCUGCAUGGAGAACAAGCUGGGUGGAUGUAACCAGCAUGUUCAGAAAUGUGGCAAGAACAUUGGCUUAUUCAUCAACAUCCGCAAAUGCACCGUGCUCUACCUCCAUAAUGGCAAUGGAUCCUGGCACUAUGCACCCUACCUCGACCGCCACGGCGAGGUGGAUCCGGGUCUCCGACGCAACCGUCAGCUGAUCCUCAACCAAAAGCGCUACGACCGACUGCUUCGAGACGUGUGGCUGUCACACGGGAUCCCGGCGACGAUCAGCCGCAAGCUGGAGGCGGACAUCAACAAUGGAGGAUGGGAGACGAUCUAGAUUGGUGGACAGGACAGGACAGGACAUAUUUGCUACCCUAACUGCAUGGUAUAUGAUGUUGCUGGAGUGAAAAGCUCGUGACUGUGCAUUGAUCGGUUAGUUGAUUCUUGAAGAUACUAUUUAUAUAUGAUUGCCUGUGACUGCAGGCUUAGUUAUGUCAGUAAUGCCAUGAUUCUGG